CGCUGUCGCGUUAGGAUGCCGCCCUCGGCCAUGGGCUGCACGAGUCCGCUCCUCAAGCAGCAGCAGGACUCCGGCCCCGCGCCCGCGCAGGAGGCGCAGGCCGACAAGAAGAACCCCGACCCGGCGCGCCGCAUCAAGUGCGUGCUCGUGGGCGACGGCGCCGUCGGCAAGACCUCGCUCGUCGUCAGCUACUCCACCAACGGCUUCCCCAGCGAGUACGUGCCCACCGCGUUCGACAACUACAACGUUCUGGUGCGAGUGGAUGGACGGCCGUACAGCGUGCAACUGUGCGACACUGCCGGACAGGACGCGCUGGACCCGCUGCGCGCACUGUGCUACCCGGACGCGGACGUCUUCCUGGUGGUGUUCAGCGUGGUGGCGCCGGCGACGCUGCGCUCCGUGGAGAGGCGCUGGGCGCCCGAGGUGCGGCGCCACUGCCCGGACGCCCCGCUGGUGCUGGUCGGCGCCCAGGCGGACCGGCGUCGCGACGCCCGUCUGCUGGCCACACUCGCCGCCGCGGGCCAGGCGCCCGUCUCCGCCGCCCGCGCCGCGCAGGCGGCGCGGACAAUCGGUGCGGCCUCGUACGUGGAGACUUCGGCGCUGACGCAGCGUGACCUGAAGGAGGCGUUCGACCAGGCAAUCGUGUGUGCGCUGCGGCGGCGAGGGCUGCUGAGGCCGGCCACGCCCCCGAAGCCCCGCCAGCGGCCGCUCUGGAGGCGGCUCUGCUGCUGCACCAGGGGCGGAGGCGGCGCCGGGGGCGGCAGCGGCAAUGGCGAGAGCGCGGCUGCUGGGGGUGGAGGCGACGCCGGGGGCGGGGGCGGCGAGUAGCGGCCGGCGGAUACCGCCAGCCUGUCUGCCGGGCAAAGACUCGAUCCGAUUGUGAGAUCUGUCGCCGCAGAUGACACAGCCGCGGCUACGGCGGACUGAUACGUUUACCGGCCGUAUUGAGCAGCAUCUUGUUAUGGUCACGCAGGUUCUUACGGAACUGAGGCUUAGCAUCAGAACAGUAGAGCAAAUCAUCGUGAAGGAAAACGGUUUAGUCGUAAAUGAAAAAUAAUUUACAAAUAACAGUUGAAUGUUGUUGAAUACACUGCAGUGCUCGCUAUCUGUGAAUCUUAUGCACGUAUGUUCAUAUUCAUUUUUAUGGUCCAGAUCACAUCAACAGCAGCUUAUUUAUGGAGGGCAACUUACUGUAGUUGAUAUGAAGUUGUACACAAUUUCUGAGGAUGGUCUGAGGGUUCCCAUUCGAUGUAAGCACUGGCUGAAUAUUACGAAAAAGAUUUCUGCAGCGAAUUUUUAAAAUCUUUCCUGAUAAAUAUUUAAAAUACCAAACGGAAUAACAGUGAAUUGUAUUCAAAAUUCAGUAUACACAAUAAACUGUUCACAGAAAUAAUCACAUUACUUAAACCCUUCACCAUAAAGAAUAUAUUUUCUUUGAAAAGUGAAAUAAAACUGUUCUUAGUUCUAAGAUUGGUUUCAGUGGCACUGCACUUUAGUAGGCAUGGUCCUAUUGGAUGUAGGAUGUCCUUUUCCUUCUCAAAGCUGAGAACUUGGGCGUUCGGCCAGAACAAGGUUCCAAAAAGCAGUAUCAGAGGAGGAAUGGGAAAGACCUACCACUUCUUUUCUUCUGACUGGUUUGAUAUAGCGUAUCACGAACUCCUCUCCCAUUCUCUGCCUCUUCAUUUCAUAGUGGCGAGUGCAUCUAAAGUCGUUAAUUACUUUUUGGUAUAUUCCCAUCUCUGUUGUUCUCUUAGUUUUUAUCCUCUGCAGCUACCUAUAGCGUUGUUCAGUGUCAGUAAAUUCCUAGUUGCAAUUGGAAAUUAAACCCUGGAUUUUUUAAUUUGUUGUAUGUCACUUAAUCAGGACAGUCACCACACACAUAAUGAUAUUUGAACUGGAAACUUUUUUUAAAAAAAGAGCAUGAAACGGUGAUUCUUUGUGAGCACUGUGCAUUCCUCUGUGGUUGAUCAACUAUGUUUCCAAUUAUUUUCAUUUUUCUGCCGGUAAAAAUUGCGACUUUUCAAUAUUCUUCAUUAGUAGUGAUUUACUGAUUGUAAAAAGUAUAAGGAAUUUUAAAAAGGUGGAUGAUCGCUGACCCUUCUAAAUGUUUACUUUCCUCUUAAUGUUCAUUAAAGGCAAGACUGAAGCUUGAAUAAGGAAUGAAAAAUAUUCAGCUGUGGUCUUACUGAAUUCACUAUCCUGUUGACCAAUAUAAAAGAUUAUUAUUUGAAAAUGAAGCUUUGUGUAUGUAGCAGAUUCAUUUACCUUGAGUAAUGUGUAAAGACGUGUUUGAUUUGUAACAGCUAAUAACUAAGGCUAUUUUUAUCUCUGCCGGUUUCACUCGUUUCAAAGCAGGUGACAAAUAUUGUGUUGUUACACUUAUCCACCAGUUGCCUUUUAAGUACUCUUAGUAUGAUGCUAUAUUUGUGUAUCCUGCAUUGCACCGAGGACAUUUCCUUAUGCAGAUGUUGCCUUCCUCAUAUCUACUAAAAAAUUAAGAAGACAACCCUAAGCAUUAGUAAGAUAUACAACAGGUCUCAUAGCCUUAAUAUGUGAUAAGCAGGCAUCUUACACAGCUUAAGCUAAUGUCAUGUUCAGGGAGAAAAAGCUAAUUUAACAUGUAUAAACAGUACACAAGAAAAUGUGUGUAACGAUAAUGGAAAUUCACAGAUCAAAAAGUAUGUAACAUAAGGGUAAGGAAGCAACAUACCUACAGAAGAUUGGUGCAUGGCUCACAGAAACAUGUAAAAUAAAACACUUAACAAUGGCUUUUGAGCUCUAAAAUAAUACACUCACAGAUAUAUAAAAAUGAAAAUGCCAGUGCUGUUUUCCAAACAAACAUGAGAAUCAAAUGUAUGUACCUUCCCUGUAAUCUGAAUUCCCAUACUAGAACCAUUAUGGUAAUACAGAAGCAAGUAUUUUCCACAGUGUGCACUAUGUCUGAAGGAUUUAAAUAAAUAAGUUGCUGUUCGUGUAGUGUGGAUCUUUCAAACAGUGAUGUGUGCUAAGAUGCUAAAAUUCAUGUAGUCCACAUGUUUUCCUUGCUGAGAUAAUUUCUUUUAAGUUAGUUUACUUAAUAACUAUCCCAAACACUGUAACCCUAAAAGGUACUAUCAAAUCUGGAGAAAGCCCACACACAUUGUGAGAACACAUCACAGUCCACUAUCUGGCCGAUAGUUAUGAUUGCUGCCAAUCAGCGAGUAAUGAGGCUAAAUAUACUUCACAAUAUGGUGCUGCUGAGCCUCACAUUCUCAUAGUGCAGUGGUUUCAGGAACCAAAAAUUGUCUGUGUCCUCCAUACAUGAAGUGAGAAUUAUUUUGUGAAAUACAGAUGGAUGCCUCCAGCAUAAAUCAAAUCAAAAGCAAUGUUAGCUACACCAACUAGGCUUUCCAUAUAUGAAGUCAGUAGCAUAUGUAAAUCAAUAUAGGUACUAUUUUCCUAGUAUGCAUCCACUGCCAGUGUCAGCCUGUGCAAGUUUCAUCUCAAAAUAAGCUGUUUUCUUCUGUGUUACAGAAUGCACUCAGAGGUGACUUGAAUUCUGCUCUCUUCUGGAAACUGAGGUUUUGUGUUCCUUUGCCUGUCGUUCAUCUCUGACAGUCAUUCCAAUUCCUUUCAAAUAAUGUAAUUUAUAUCAUACUAGAAUUAUACAAGAAAAUUGUGUGGAGUUUUGUUAGUGCAUUGUACAGAACAGUGUCAGUUUUUGCUACUUUUGUCUCAUUUACCAUGUGUUAUCAUAUGUAGAAUUAAAAUAAAAUUUAAAAAAAGCUUUAAUUUUAAUUCUGCCAGGAAAGACUGUGAAAAAGCUGAGUACUGAGCCUUAAGAAAAUUAACAAACUUUCUCCAUUGUUAUUAAUGUACUGCUACACCAUUUGACAUCAGAUGAUAAAGAGAUGGCAAAAACAGAUUUGUAAGUAAACUUGUUUGUAUUUGCUAUAAUCAAUGUUAGCUAUUUACAAUCAUAGUUCAUGGUUUAGAAUGUCACAAAGACAAUAGUAUUUCUCAUUUGUUUAUUGCCAAUUUCACAAGCACCAGUAUAUUUUUCAAUUGAAAUAUGUUUGUUAUUAAAUUUUUUAAGCACAAGACUACUUAUUUAAGUGAAAGAACUUCACAAAAUGUUAAGUCUAAUACAGCUAAAUUUACUGAUGAAAUUGCUUGUAUCCUUGUUAGCAAUAACAUUUUUUAAAUUCCUGCAAUAAUUUAAUUUAAUCUGCGUUUUUACUUCUCUUUCACUAUAUAGGAUCUCUCUCUCUCUCUCUCUCUCUCUCUCUCUCUCUCUCUCUCCCUCCCUCCCUCCCUCCCU